AUGGAUUUUAAUCGGAAUUAUACUCAUCCGGAUUGUAUAUAUGCGGAUAAUCUUUUCCAUGAGUGUGCUUCAGCUUGUUUUGAGAGAAUUGAUCAAGGCCAUGGCAAGAAGAACUCUACAAAAGAAAGUUCAAAACUUUGUUGCUCAGAGAAUUUUGGUAGGAAAAAGAAGCAAUCAAAUUCACUACCGCCUUCAAUGGUACCGGCAAGACCUUAUCAAAAUGGUGGAGGUGGUUUUGCAAACGGUAACUCUCCAAAGGUUCAUCAUGCAAUAGCUUCACAUGUUGAUGUGAAGAAGAAGAAGAUGGUUUAUGAAACCAGACAUUCUUUCUCUUCUUCAUCAUCCGGUGACCAUGAUGAUUUUUUCAACCAUAAACAAGAGAAGAAACGCUCUCAAACCAUUCCAAUUUCUUCAAACAGUUUGGUUGAUCAAACCAAACAGUUAUCACCUAAACCAGAAAUACAAGAAUACAAAGGGAAGACUAGAGGAGGUGGCGAGACAAGGGUCUUUAGUUUCAAAAGUCCUCCAAUGUCGCAUGCAAAGGAGAGCAAUAAUGAUUACACUGAGGAUGAUGGUGAUGAUGAUGAUGAUGAAGAAGAAGAAAAUAAUGAGAGUACAGUAGAUCUUGAUCUUGAAUCAGUAAUGUCUGACACUUUUGUCUCUAUUGGGAAAUACCGAGUCAGAUCCUGUUUGUCCAUUAUCCUAAGUGCCAUUAUCGAGAAACACGGAGACAUUGCUCAAAACUGUAAGCUAGAAUCAGACUCUAUGCAAUCCAGAUACCUCGAGUGUUUAUGCUCGUUGUUACAGGAACUAAAGUCAACCCCAAUCGGGGAGUUGACCAAAGUCAAAGUCAAAGAGAUGAUCGCGGUUCUCAAAGAUUUUGAGUCUGUGAACAUCGAAGUGGCAUGGCUAAGUUCGGUUCUUGAGGAGUUUGCGCAGUCUCAAGAAAAUGUAGAGAAAGAGAAAGAGAGGCAUGAUGGUUUAGUGAAGGCCAAGAGAGAAGAGCUUGAGGCUCAUGAAGCUGAUUUGGUUAGGAUGGAGAAGGAUGUGGAUGAAGCAAAGCUGCGGAUAGAGGAGACUCGGGCUCAAAUGGUGGAGAUGGAGAUGGAAAGGUCAAGAAUGGAGAAAAUGGGAUUCAUACUGGAGAAAUUUAAAAGGAAAUGGUUUAUCGACAAGCUUCUAUAG